ACUAACCGCCUAGCCCGGUAACCAGUAACAGGGUCCUUCUUCUAUAUAUAGAGGGGGUUGAAUUCCAGAAUUCGCCGAGUCAUUUGAGUGCCGCUUGCUUUGGGUCUUGUUCGAGCACCAGAUCUACACGGAAAUAUCUGUUCUAGCCUUUCUAGCUCGAGAUGGAGACCUUUCUAUUCACCUCUGAAUCCGUCAACGAGGGCCAUCCCGACAAGUUGUGUGAUCAGAUCUCUGAUGCGGUGCUCGAUGCCUGCCUUGAACAGGACCCUGACAGCAAGGUUGCCUGUGAGACAUGCACCAAGACCAACAUGGUCAUGGUCUUUGGAGAGAUUACCACCAAGGCCAAGGUAGAUUAUGAGAAGAUUGUCCGAGACACAUGCCGUGCCAUUGGAUUUGUUUCAGAUGAUGUUGGUCUUGAUGCCGACAACUGCAAGGUUCUGGUUAACAUUGAGCAGCAGAGCCCUGAUAUUGCCCAGGGUGUCCAUGGCCACUUUACCAAGCGCCCAGAAGAGAUUGGUGCUGGUGAUCAAGGUCACAUGUUUGGUUAUGCAACUGAUGAGACGCCUGAGUAUAUGCCUCUAAGCCAUGUCCUUGCCACCAAGCUCGGUGCUCGCCUCACUGAGGUUAGAAAGAAUGGCACCUGCGCCUGGCUAAGGCCUGAUGGUAAGACUCAGGUCACUGUUGAAUACUACAACGAAAACGGUGCAAUGGUUCCAAUCCGUGUCCACACUGUCCUCAUUUCCACCCAGCACGACGAGACUGUUACCAAUGAUGAGAUUGCCAGCGACCUCAAAGAGCAUGUCAUCAAGCCCGUCAUCCCUGCUAAGUACCUUGAUGAUAAGACCAUCUUCCACCUUAAUCCCUCAGGCCGCUUUGUUAUUGGUGGUCCUCAUGGUGAUGCAGGUCUCACUGGACGGAAGAUCAUUAUUGACACCUAUGGUGGCUGGGGAGCUCAUGGUGGUGGUGCUUUCUCUGGGAAAGAUCCAACCAAGGUGGACAGAAGUGGUGCAUACAUCGUCAGGCAGGCUGCCAAGAGUAUUGUCGCAAAUGGACUUGCUCGUAGGUGCAUUGUGCAGGUCUCCUAUGCUAUCGGUGUUCCUGAGCCUUUGUCAGUCUUUGUGGACACUUACGGCACUGGAAAGAUUCCUGACAAGGAGAUCCUCAAUAUUGUGAAAGAGACUUUUGACUUCAGGCCUGGAAUGAUGACCAUUAACCUGGAUCUUAAGAGGGGUGGCAAUGGCCGCUUCUUGAAGACAGCUGCUUAUGGGCAUUUUGGAAGGGACGACCCAGACUUCACCUGGGAGGUUGUGAAGCCCCUCAAAUGGGAGAAACCUCAGGCUUGAAGAUCCAUAUAUGCCCCCCGUCUCUGCUGUUCAAUGCUUUCUUCAUUAUUACUAGUUAAGAUUGAAUAAUUCGCUUGUAUUCUUCGCUGCUCUAUAAUCUUAUGCCUAAAGCUGCCGUGUUCCCAUAUCAUGCAAGAAAUGCAUUGGUCAUUUUUCCUUCUUUGUUAACCACCUCAUUUUUUUUUUGUCUUCUACCAGUCUCUUGUGAAAGUACAUGACAAUUGUUUCAGAAGCUA